CUAGUACCAAAGACGCAGAGUAGAAGGCAACCAUUACUGACUCAGUUACCCAAAACUCAACGACACCGGUAACCACCGGGAUCAGAAACCGCUUUUCUACCAAAAUACAAAACGACGAUACCUUCGUCUCACCUGCAUGCUCCCUCAUCCUGUUCAUCAUAUUCUCCUCAAUCCGCCUUCUCUGCAAUUUCCUUUCACUUCACAUCCCAAAACCCUAAAACCCUCACUCUCCCCUUCCUCUUCCACCACCGCCACCUCCUCCACUAUAGUAAUGAAGGACCGACCGCCUUCCUCGUAUGGUGCUGUCUAUGUCCCACCUCAUCAACGUCUGCGCUCCGUCAUCAACGCGUCUAAUUAUAGCUCCUCCUCUGCUGUCCCUGCUUCUCCAUUUGACUCUAAAGUCUCCAAAAAUCAAAGCUCCGUUUUAAGCCAUAUACACAGCUCUCGUGUACCUUAUUUCCAGCAGCAGCAAGAGAAACAGCGGGGGAACGGUGUUUGUGAUAGCAAUCAUGUUAAUAAUAAUAGUAAUAAUCAUAAGUUCGUUUCUGCAUACGACGAUGGGAUCUCUGAGGAGGGAUCCGAUCGGGAGAUGGAAUGCUCGAUGGUUAUGCAUGGGGCUUUCCUUUCUGAUAACAUGGAAGAGUGGAGGCGGAAGCUAAUCAUGCUUUUGCGAGACAAGGAGAAGCAAGAGUUGGUCUCAAGGGAAAAAAAGGAUAGACGUGAUUUUGAACAAAUAGCAACUCUGGCAAGCAGAAUGGGUUUGUAUAGCCAUCUAUAUGUAAAAGUUGUUGUAGUUAGUAAGGUCCCACUGCCAAACUACAGAUUUGAUUUGGAUGAUAAGCGUCCGCAGAGGGAGGUGAGCUUGCCCUUUGGUUUGCAAAGAAGAGUUGAUUCAUAUCUUAGAGAAUAUCUCUUUCAAAAGUCCAAGACUAAGGAAAGAUUUCCAGAUAUUUCCUUUUCAAGAUCAAGCAGCAGCAGCAGUCUAGCUACUGAUGAAGGGCUUUUUGAACAACCGGAGCUGCCGGUUUCCAGCAAGGCUGUAAUGGAUAAAAUUCUAUGGCAGAGAAGUUUGCAACUGUGCAAUCAGCAACAGGCUUGGCAGGAUUCUCCAGAAGGCAGAAAAAUGCUGGAAUUUCGGAAAAGUCUCCCUGCCUAUAAAGAGAAAGAUGCUAUCUUGACUGCCAUUUCACAAAAUCAGGUGGUCAUUAUCUCAGGUGAAACUGGUUGUGGCAAGACCACACAAAUUCCCCAGUUCAUAUUAGAAUCUGAGAUAGAAUCUGUCCAAGGAGCUGGUUGUAGUAUUAUAUGUACACAGCCAAGACGAAUAUCUGCCAUGUCUGUUUCUGAACGAGUUGCUUCAGAGAGAGGGGAGCAGUUGGGUGAAUGUGUUGGAUAUAAAGUUCGGCUUGAAGGUAUAAGAGGAAGAGAUACUCGCCUUCUGUUCUGCACCACAGGCAUCUUGCUGAGAAGAAUGCUUGUUGAUAGAAAUUUGAGGGGCAUAACUCAUGUUAUUGUGGACGAGAUUCACGAACGUGGAAUGAAUGAGGACUUUCUGCUUAUUGUCCUUAAAGAUCUCCUUCCCCACCGGCCAGAACUGAGGCUGAUUCUGAUGAGUGCAACCCUCGAUGCAGAGCUUUUCUCAUCCUACUUUGGUGGAGCUCCAAUACUUCGCAUUCCAGGUUUUACAUACCCAGUUCAAACUCAUUUUCUGGAGAAUAUCCUGGAAAUGACCGGUUACAAAUUAACCUUACACAACCAAAUUGAUGAUUAUGGCCAAGAGAAGGUGUGGAGGACAAGUAAACAAGCUCCAGGAAAGAGGAAGAGCCAAAUUGCUUCUUCUGUUGAGGAAGCACUAAGAGCUGCUGAUUUCAAGGAGUAUAGUCCCCAAACUCGAGAGUCUUUGUCAUGUUGGAAUCCAGAUUGCAUUGGUUUUAAUCUCAUUGAGUAUCUUUUAUGUAACAUAUGUGAGAAUGAGAGGCCUGGUGCUGUUCUAGUCUUUAUGACUGGGUGGGAUGACAUAUGUUCUCUGAAGGAUAAGCUCCUAUCACAUCCUAUUUUAGGAGAUCCAAGUCAAGUAUUGUUGCUCACUUGUCAUGGUUCUAUGGCUAGCUCAGAGCAGAGAUUAAUAUUUGAUGAGCCCAAUGAUGGUGCGAGGAAAAUAGUGCUAGCUACUAAUAUUGCUGAGACAAGCAUCACAAUCAAUGAUGUUGUUUUCGUACUCGACUGUGGAAAGGCAAAGGAGACUUCAUAUGACGCCCUGAAUAAUACUCCUUGCCUGCUUCCUUCCUGGAUUUCCAAGGUUUCUGCUCAACAACGAAGAGGAAGAGCCGGCCGCGUUCAACCAGGAGAAUGUUACCAUCUUUAUCCUAGAUGUGUUUAUGAAGCCUUUGCAGAGUACCAAUUACCAGAAAUUUUGAGGACACCUUUGCAGUCUCUCUGUCUGCAAAUCAAAAGUUUGAAACUCGGGAGUAUUUCCGAGUUUCUCUCAAGGGCUUUGCAGUCACCUGAGUUGUUGGCGGUUCAAAAUGCUAUUGACUACUUAAAAAUCAUUGGGGCCUUGGAUAAGAAUGAAAAUUUGACUGUUCUAGGACAAUAUUUGACUAUGCUUCCCCUGGAGCCUAAACUUGGGAAGAUGCUCAUACUAGGUGCUAUCUUCAAUUGCCUGGAUCCGAUAUUAACUGUUGUUUGUGGCCUUAGUGUUAGAGAUCCUUUCUUGACACCAAUGGAUAAGAGGGAUCUUGCAGAGGCUGCUAAAUCUCAAUUUUCCCGUGAUUAUAGUGACCAUCUUGCCCUUGUCCGGGCAUACGAGGGCUGGAAAGAUGCUGAAAUAGAUUUUGCAGGAUAUGACUAUUGUUGGAAAAAUUUUCUAUCCAUACAAUCUAUGAAAGCAAUUGAUACUCUUCGGAACGAGUUCUUCUCCUUGCUCAAGGAUGCUGGCCUAGUUGAUAGCAACACUGCCACCUGUAAUGCAUGGAGCCAUGAGGAGCAUCUCAUUCGAGCAAUUAUUUGCUAUGGUCUCUAUCCAGGACUUUCGUCUGUUGUGCAUAAUGAAAAGUCAUUUUCUCUGAAAACUAUGGAAGAUGGACAAGUGCUUCUUUACUCUAACUCGGUCAAUGCUCGGGAAUCUAAAAUUCCUUAUCCGUGGCUGGUCUUCAAUGAGAAGAUAAAGGUUAACGCUGUUUUCCUUCGGGAUUCAACGGCUAUUUCCGAUUCAGUGUUGCUUCUGUUUGGCGGAAGCAUCUCUAAGGGGGACAUUGAUGGACAUCUGAAGAUGCUGGGAGGAUAUUUGGAGUUCUUCAUGGAACCUGAUAUAGCCGAAACAUAUCAAAGCUUGAGGAGAGAACUUGAUGAACUGAUUCAGACCAAACUUUUGAAUCCCAGAAUGGAUAUACACGCAUAUCAUGAGCUCCUAUCUGCCAUACGUUUACUGGUUUCAGAGGAUAAAUGUGAUGGUAAAUUUGUAUUUGGUCGUCAAGUUCUGAAGCCCUCAAAGAUCUCUGUUAUAUCAACACAGCCAGCCUUGAUGUCAAGGACUGAAAGUGGUCCCGGAGGUGAUAAUUCUAAGAGUCAGCUCCAAACAUUGCUAACCAGGUCAGGAUAUGCUGCACCAAUUUACAAGACAAGGCAAUUGAAGAACAACCAAUUUCGAGCUACUGUGGAGUUCAACGGAAUGCAAAUUAUGGGGCAGCCUUGCAACAACAAGAAGAGUGCAGAGAAAGAUGCAGCAGCUGAGGCCCUGCAGUGGCUAAUGGGUGGGACCCAGACAGGACAUGAAUACGUGAAUCACAUGUCAAUGCUGGUAAAGAAAAGCAAGAAGGACCAUUACUGAACUAGUACUUUUGAACUUCCAAUUGAUGGCGCUUUCUGAAUGCAACAAGCGUAUGUGCUUAGAAAUGCCUGGUCAGGCUAAUGUAUCCCAUUGUUCUCCAUUUUUUAAGGAGGAAAAAAGCCAAAGGAAUGGCAAUAUUCUCUACUAAGCCUUAUCUUUUGUUGAUAUCCGGGCAUGACGCUUUGCUAUUGGAAUUGGAGUGACAAUAGCAAUCUGGCACAAGAAUUGUGGGCUCAUCCUAGUUACUUGAAGUUGAUUCUGGUUAAUUGACCUGGUUUCAGACAUGGAGUUGUGCUGACUAGUUACUGACUUGUAUGUAUCACUGUUUUCGAGUUUGUUCCUUUGCAUUUGGAGUUGCAUGAUUGAUACAGGCAAUGCAUUUAUCUCGAGCAGAUUAACUUUGGGUGGGUGAAUAUCAUUGAAGGAAGUAUAUUGUACACUGAUUUUAGAUAGGAAUACAGUUUCACCCUGUCAAGUCUAACAGAAUUAUUGAUUUUAACUGAUUUUGUGUAUUGUUAUGAUGCUUAGAGACCUCAGGGACGUGAAUGCUGUAAUGGUUGAGCUGUGAAUGGCUAAUAGCAUGCAACUCUUAUGAAA